AAGAUGUCGACGUAGUUGGUCUCGUGAGCCCACAGCGUAUAAUGUAACGAGCCAAGUUACCGCGGGUUCAUUGCGGAGAGCUCCUCGGGAGCUCGGAAGCAGGCGAGCAUGGCGGAGGGGGCCUUCGUUGAGGGCGACCAGCCGCCCAGGGACAAGGACCCCGACGAAGGCCAGGAGAGGGUCCCCUCGAGGCUCGUCGAAGAACACGGCGAUGACGUGCUCCCCCAGCCGGCCGAGUCCGCCAUGCCAUUGCUACCGAGCGACGCCGCGCUCGACGAGGGUAUCAUGGUGGGCGAGCUGCUCAAGAAAAGUCGCCUCAAGAACCCCACGUUGACCGACCGCAAGAAGCUGCUGCUGGACGACAAGAACCUGUCCGUGUUCGUGGAGGCCACGCAGAACAUCACGCUGCGCUACCAUCUGCUCGGCACGAUCCAGGAGCCGCCCUCCGAGACCCCGCCACCGGUCGCGGCGGUCAAAGGCCUCCCCGCCACCGCUGCUGCCUUGCCGACUAGUAGCCCCCGCGCCCUGUCCAGCUCGGACGAGAUGCUCUACUUCAAGGAGAAAGUGCGCAGCGCCCCGGGGCCCGUCCUGGAGCGCAGGGGCGCCUCUUGCUCCAGGCUGCAGCACAUGGGCGGCAUCGCCGCCAGGAUCGGCGGAGGGGCCGUCGGGGAGAAGGCGAUUCCCGCGCCUCCGGUCACCCGGUGUGCUACCCUCCCGCCAGCCUACUCGCCGUCGCAGCUGAACACGGGCCGCGUCAAGUCCCAGAUCGCCGCCCUGACGCUUAAGAAGUCGUCGCUGCUGCGUGCCGGAGACGGCGAGCAGGCUACCCGCAAGCUAUCCAAGAUAACGCAGAUAGUGAUCGGCGCCGCCGCUAAGCCUCAGCAGCCAUCGAAUCGGCAGAUGCAGGAGCCCGAACAGCGGCUGCCGUCACCUCCUGUACCGCAGCGGGAAGUCGAGGACGCAUACAAGGACCGCGACCAGCUUGUACCAGAUGACGCGGAGUGUAUAAGGGACAGGCCCGUCCUGGAGGUGCUGGACAAGUGCGAGCUGGAGCCGGUGCCGGCCGCCGAGUUGGUCCGUCGCCGAUUGCGCCGCUACUACGGGGGCGAGCUGGGCGUCGUCGUCGCGGAGGGACGUUCGUGCAGCGGAAGCAGCGAGGACGGCUGCACCAGCAGCCUGGUCAAGCUGGACUUCACGAUGCCGACCGAGGCGAGCGAGCUCGCCAUCGAGCGCAUCGCGGCGAGCCGAACCGGGGCCGCGCUCUCGCCGCUCGAGUCGUCCACGUCGUGGUACUCGUUCGAGAGCGACCCGUCGAGCCGCAGGUCGGCCGCGCUGCAGGCUGCUUCGGCGAGCUGCUCCGAGGCCGGAAGCUGGGCCGCGUCGUCUCGCCGUGGGUCGACGCCAGCAGCGGAGCCGGCCGUCGCGGCAGAGUGCUUCAAGGCGUCCUCGUUGAUUCGUUACUUCGAGAGCAUACGACCCCGCGCUCCCGCGGGUGUGCCGCAGUGAAGGAAAGACAGCGGAAUGGUUACGCGUCGCGUACCUCCACGAAUAUAUGCUCCGAGUGUCUUCUCGGCAGGAACGCGUCGAGGCUGAUAGCGCGAAGUGCACGCGUCGCGAUGCCAGCGUACUGUGACAGUACUCUCUGCAUGCCGACUGCUCGUUAGUCACUCGACAUUUCGCCUGUCACUUUGAGCCAAAUUAAUUUACCACGAAAUGUGGAAGACGAAUGGACAUGCUAGUUGCAUACGGAUGUUGAGGAAGUAUAACUUCUUGUGUCUUCAGAUGGCUUGUAUGGAUGAGAGCGCCGUCUGCAAUCACCAGAUAAAAUGGGUUGGUAUGGCUCUGUGGCUGAACUGCUUGGCACCAUGGCGGCAUACUGCAACUGACUGUUUUCUGGCAUAAAUGUCUGUGUAAUCUUACACGUAAGCGGGUGUGUAGAUAAGCUUUGUCUGAGUAGUCUAUACAGCUGCGUGACCUCUAAGGCUUUCAUAAGUGAGGUGGUUCGUGAUCCGACACUUCGUAAAUGAAAUAUUUUGGAAGGUGGCGACAAGUGA